AUGUGCAGCAGAGGGCCGGUCAAUGUCCAACCCGCAAUACACACUCCGAGGCACAAUUUGUUUGGAAAGCGGUCGCAGGACUUGACGCCCACUCCGCCUUGUGCCGCAAAACGGCCCUGCAGGGUUGCGUCUUUCCGAAGCAGUAUCAGCGAGUGCACGAAGGACAACGCAAUAAAGCGGCAGUGGAGAUUGGCGGAACCAUGCGCAGGGCUGCCUGCAGGGACGCUGACGGAACCAGACGACGACCUGCUCAUCAUCGGGCGGAAGGCUGUCAGUAAGCUUCACGGAGACGACUGUAUCCUGGAGGAGUUGCCACAGUCGGCCAAUGCUGUCGACGAAGGCGACAUGGAGAGCGACGUUGGCAGUUCGGAGGCCCUUAGCGAAGGUCUGGAACGCUUGCUUUGGUCCGAUGAUGAGGAAGGCGAGCAAGUCGAGAGAUGUCAAGACCUGGAACAAGGUGCUUUCUCUGAGAGCACAGCGCUAGUGCCUGCCCCGACGGCUUCAGAACUGUCGAGGCCGCUGGACUCACUGAGGUCCUUGGCACCCCUGGCCCUCGAGGACAUGAGGGAUGCUCGGGAGAUGGUCCUGGCACCGGUGCCGGUCUUGGCCUACGGCAGAAAUCGCAGGAGCGGCAGCACGAGCAAAGUUCAGGCUGUGGGUGCAUCGGCACCUUUGCUGGCAUUGCCGCCUGCGCCACUCACCGCUCUGCCACCUCUGAGUGUCUUGUUUGAGGCUGGCUUGGCAGCGUUUCGAGCCGCAAACGGCCAGGGGAAGGCGGCACCGCCUGUCCCUAACAAGGUCAUGCGCGAGCCGACCGACUGGCUCUAUCCUGCUCGCCCAUAUCCUUCACACGUGUGGCAAUGGGAUGGUGCCGGAGAAGCUCCCAGGCAGGGCCAAGACGGAUUCCGCAAGUUUGUGCAGACAGCCUUGGAGAGGUUCAGGAGCAGCGGUAGCGAAGAAGAUGCCAUGCAGAGCUCAGGCAGCAGCCUUCCUCUUCAGCCGUACCAGCUGAGAGUGGCGUUUCUGUUGCACCCGCUGUCUCCAUUGACUCGAUUGCUGGUGGUCCAUGCGACCGGCUCAGGAAAGACACGCACGGUUUUGGCUUCUGCCGACUCGUUUUUUAGAUCUGGCAAAGCCACCUGCCUGUUCUUUCCAGAAGAAGCAGUGAAGGAAAACUUUUACCAGGAGCUGCUGAAAUUCCCUGGCUCCUGGCGCGACUUCUUCUGUGCCUCCGAGAAUGUUCCCGAGUGGCGCAAGCGGCGCCAUCGCUGCUGGUCUGCAGAAGAAGUUGCCGAGUUCCCCCCUUCGCAAGUGGAGGCUUGUCUUGGCCUGGAAAGAAAAGUCCGACUGGGCGAGAUCUCUCAAGCUUUUCUGCAGGAAUGGUCUCAAGAACAUCCCGACGUUCCUCCACCAACAGCUCCUCUGCGCGCCUUCAAGUACACGUCUGCAGGGGGUUCCCGUGGAGGAUGGAAGCGGGACGGAUCUUUCGAUGCGUCCAGGAUGGACAGCGUGUUUCGCUUCGGCUUCGAUGGGAAGAACCCCAUGAGUAACAAGAACUUGGUUUUCGAUGAAGUACACAACAUACUGGCGCUUCCAAGGUGGAAAGGAAACUAUUGGAAGGAGCCUUUGCGUCGGCUUCGCAAGGCAGUCGCAGAUGCAAACGGCUCAUCGCUGGUCUUCCUAACAGGCAGCCCCAUUCAGACCGACACGAGCGAUGGGCAUCGUUUGCUGCGUGUUCUCAAAGGUCGAGAGCAUGCUUCAGCGGGCUCUGAAGGAUGGCUGGACAUGCAUCUCGUGCGGUCUCCGGAGUUCUUUCCUGAGGUCUAUCCAGCCGGCGUGCCAGACCGGCCACUAUGCUCGCAUUUGCAGGGAGAGCUGGUGGUCCCGGUGGACUUGCCUGAGGAAAUGGAGGCCAAGUAUAGAGAGCUUCAAGCUCAAGGAUGUGAUGUCGUGCGUUUGCGGGAUUGCUGCAACUUGGCCGUCCACCACUCUUGGGCUUUGCGUCCGCAAAAGCGGGGGCUCGUGCUGGAGGCAUCCGAGCAGCACGCUGCAAAGCUCUCCAAAGUCGCAAAAGCCGUUUGGGCCGAUCGGGAGAAGGCCAUGGUGGCAAUUUCCAGACGGGGUGGUUUGCAGGUGCUGCGAGAGCUCCUGCGAAUUCACGCCCCAAACGAAAGUGUCAAGAUAGCAGUAUUCUCUGGUCACAGCAGCUGUGUGGUUUCCAAGGGCAGCGAGGAGCAUCUUCGACCUGCGGAGGCCCUGCAGCGCUUCAAUGACAACAAUCAUCCUGAGGUUCAAGUGCUUCUACUCGACACUGCUUUUGGUCGAGAAGGCGUGUCAGCUCUGGGUGUUGGUCGCCUCCAUAUCUGUGAUGUACCAAGCAGUUGGGCAGAGUACAAGCAGAUUGUUGGUCGCGCCAUCCGCUUCGGAGAUGUGACACCCGGAUCACGUCGGAGGAUUUUGCGGGUGUCUUUGUGGGUAGCGAGGCUGCCUGGUGCAUGCGCAGAUGAGGAUCUUCUGGCAGAGCUCGGCGAACAAGGUCAGGAGCUUUGCGCAGCAGAGGAUGAGCUUAUGACCAUGAGCAUCACAGGAGGACGUUCUUGA